AUGGCACUGGAUAUUUCGCAAAACAACGUCAACUUAACGAGGAAAUUUUCUUUGUGGAACUCGUUAAACAAGAGAAUGUCGUGGAAAUAAGACAAAGCUCCGCUGACCACAUCCUGCAGCACGACCUACUACCCGUCCGGUUAGAUCAUUUGGGAGGGCCCGGAUCGGUAUCCGUCCGAUUGGAUUUCGACUAA